AUGGUAAGGACGGACCAGCAGGCUGAGGCCCGGUCCUACCUCAGCGAGGAGAUGAUCGCUGAGUUCAAGGCCGCCUUCGACAUGUUUGACGCCGAUGGCGGCGGGGACAUCAGCGUCAAGGAGUUGGGCACGGUGAUGAGGAUGCUGGGCCAGACACCCACCAAAGAGGAGCUGGACGCCAUCAUCGAGGAGGUGGAUGAGGACGGCAGCGGCACCAUCGACUUCGAGGAGUUCUUGGUCAUGAUGGUGCGCCAGAUGAAAGAGGACGCCAAGGGGAAGAGUGAGGAGGAGCUGGCUGAGUGUUUCCGCAUCUUUGACAGGAACGCAGACGGCUACAUCGAUGCUGAGGAACUGGCUGAGAUUUUCCGGGCCUCCGGGGAGCACGUGACGGACGAGGAGCUCGAAUCCCUGAUGAAGGACGGGGACAAGAACAACGACGGCCGCAUUGACUUCGACGAGUUCCUGAAGAUGAUGGAGGGCGUGCAGUAA